UAAAAGGCCCCUCCCAAGACACCAUUUGUUCUACAGCACAACCCAAAAAGAAUCCUAAUACCACACUGCAACACCAUCUACAACAAUGACACAGAGCAAGCCAUUCAUUGCGCGCUCGACGAUCGAGGUGAACUCGCCCAGAUACUUCAUGGCAUGCGGCAUGGGCGGCAUCCUGGCAUGCGGCACAACGCACUUUUCGAUGACACCAAUCGACAUGAUAAAGUGCCGUAUUCAGGUAGAUAAGAAAGCAUACACGGGCAUAUUCGACGGGCUGCGCAAGGUAGCGGCCAAAGAGGGCGUCAAGGGGCUGUUCCUCGGCGGCACACCGACAUUUGUCGGCUACUCGCUGCAGGGCAUGGGCAAGUACGGGUUCUACGAGUUCUUCAAGUACACAUACAGCAACAUUGUCGGCGAAAGGGCAGCCAGCCGGUACAAGACGUCGCUCUAUCUCUCAGCCUCCGCGACAGCCGAGUUCUUCACCGACUUUAUGCUGUGCCCGAUGGAGGCGCUCAAGGUCAGAAUGCAGACGGCAGCGACGCCGUUCGCCUCCAGCUUCGCGGGCGGGCUCGCCAAGAUCUACCAGCGCGAGGGCAUAAACGGCUUCUACAAGGGCCUGGUGCCGCUCUGGCUGCGCCAGAUCCCGUACACCAUGGUCAAGUUUGCGUCGUUUGAGAACAUCGUCGCCGGCAUCUACACGCGCGUUCUCGGCAAGCCCAAGGACUCGUACUCGAAGAGCCAGCAGCUCGCGGUUACCUUUGCCGCUGGGUACAUGGCGGGCAUUCUGUGCGCGGUCGUGUCCCAUCCGGCAGACACUGUUGUCUCAAAGCUCAACAACGUGGUCAAGGAACAGGGCCAGGGCACCGCGGCCGCCGUCGCCGGGAUUUUGCGCGGCCUCGGCUUCAAGGGCGUCUGGACCGGCCUGGCGCCCAGGAUCUUUAUGAUCGGAACCCUGACCGCCAUGCAGUGGUUCGUGUACGAUACGUUCAAGGUCAGGAUGGGACUGCCCACCACCGGCGGCCAUUAAAGAAGGAGCCUGCAAAAGGCCCAGCUCCGGCCAAAUCCGACAUGGCCAAGGCUUAUCCAUUCUGGCCCAGGUUCUUGUGUUUUGUGUAAAUCGCUGUUCCGGCUCAAGCGAGCUUAUCGUGCCGUGUAAUUUUUUGAGACCUCCCCGCGCAGGCCACCCCCGCCAGGCCUCGGAAGUAAAGCUGGAAAAACCUCCGAUAAGCGCCCAAACUGAUUAUCUCUUCGUUUUCCAGCAAAAACUCACUUUUAUUUAUACUCUUUUUUUUUCUACCACAGCACUGUUUUUGUUUCGAUUAGACUCUGCAAUGAACCGGACUGCCUUUUCUCUGCUCGCCCGCCGCUCGGCU